GCUGAUGUUCCUAACAGAACUGUUACAUUCAAUUACAAUCAAAGCCUUGUUGAAUAUCCUGUGGAAUACUGCUAAAAAGAUCAUAACGUGUGUAAACAACAACAACAAAAAUCUGCUGUGGCUAUGGCUGAAGCACAGAUGUCUAUUUCACCUGGGUCCAGUGGACAUGGAGGAGGUAUGGUGACCAGUGCCUUACUUUGCUGGGCAAUGGCUCUUGUGUUCCUCUCAUUGACAAGGGUGCCUGUUGUUCAGGGUGACUGCUGGCUGAUUGAAGGGGAAAAGGGAUUUGUAUGGUUGGCAAUCUGCAGCCAGAACCAGCCACCAUAUGAAAAUAUCCCAUUGCAUAUUAACAGCACAAUUGUUGACCUGCGACUCAAUGAGAACAAGAUUCGAAGCAUCCACUUUUCUUCCUUAAGUCGCUUCGGCAAUCUCACAUACAUGAACCUGACUAAGAAUGACAUCUCUUAUAUUGAAGAUGGGGCUUUCUCAGCCCAAUUUAAUCUUCAAGUGUUGCAGAUUGGCUUUAACAAGCUGAGGAACUUGACCGAGGGAAUGCUGAGAGGAUUGGGACGCUUACAGUACCUGUACCUUCAGGCUAACCUGAUCGAGACCGUCUCAGCCAAUGCCUUCUGGGAGUGUCCUGCGAUUGAAAACAUCGACCUUUCCAUGAACAGGAUUCAGCUUCUGGAUGGUGCUACAUUUCGUGGUCUGUCGAAGCUUACAACGUGUGAGCUCUAUGUAAACCCGUUCAGUUGCUCAUGUGAGCUGUUGGGAUUCCUGCGCUGGCUUGUUGCAUUCCCAAACCGGACAAGUGAGCGGAUGGUGUGCGACACGCCCCCUGGCUUUUCAGGCUACAGCCUCUUGAGUCAGAACCCCAGGAUGCCAAGAUUUCGGAAUGCCUUCCAUGCACUCUCCUCUGUCUGCAUCGAUGACAAUGAGACACCGAAUCUUCAAGGGUCUUCAGACGAGUGCACUCCAACAAUGUUAAGCCCUUGCGGACUGGAUGACUGUUCCUCAGGAACAGAGGAGGAGACCAUAAGCAUCAGCCCCACCUUUGUGGAUCCAGAUGCACGUCCUCUAAUGAAACUAAAAGACAUUACCCACACAAGUGCGACAAUCUCGAUUCAGAUUCCAAAUCCGUUUAGAAAAAUGUACAUCCUUGUCUUGUACAAUAACAGCUUCUUCACUGAUAUCCAAAACCUGAAAAGCCAGAGAGAAGACAUUGAGUUACAGAACCUUAAAUCUCACACUAACUACACUUACUGUGUGGCAUCCAUUCGUAAUUCAUUGAGGUUCAACCACACCUGCCUGACCAUCUCCACAGGACCAAGGACAUUGCAAGAACAUGUGGCAAAUGAUUCAACCGCCACUCAUUACAUUAUGACCAUCCUCGGUUGUCUCUUUGGGAUGCUGAUCUUUCUGGGUGUAGUGUUCCAUUGCUUGAGAAAGCGCAAACAGCAAGACGAGCCAAAGAGCAAGAAGCUGGAAAAGAUGAAAAGAAACUUGAUUGAGAUGAAAUAUGGAACUGAACUGGAACAAGGGACUAUAUCACAGCUGUCCCAGAAACAAAUUCUGUCCGCUAGUGAGACUGUAAAAAGGAUGCCAUACUUGCCAACUGCCAGUGACUCAGAUCAGUAUAAGAUGCAAGAGAUCUCUGGGACACCAAAGACCACAAAAGGGAAUUACAUGGAAGUGAGAUCAGAGCAACCAGAGCGCAGCGUUAGGGAAUGCAGCGUUCCUCCAUCAGAAACCAGCCAGGGAUCUGUUGCAGAGAUAUCCACUAUUGCAAAAGAAGUGGACAAAGUAAACCAGAUCAUCAACAACUGCAUCGAUGCACUCAAAUCCGAUUCAACAUCAUUCCAGGCUGCAAAAUCCGGCGCCGUGUCCACAGCGGAGCCACAGUUGGUCCUUAUAUCAGAACACCCACCGGGCAAGUCUGGGUUUCUGUCUCCUGUAUACAAAGGAGGGUACCAUCAUCCUCUACAGAGGCACCACAGUAUGGAUGCCCCGCAAAAGCGUGCAAGCACAUCCUCGAGUGGUUCGUUGCGCAGUCCACGCUCUUUCCGUUCCGAAGGAGCUUACAGAUCAGAGUCCAAAUAUAUUGAGAAAGCAUCUCCACUCGAUGAGUCAGGAAUCAUAACAGUCACUCCAGCUGCUGCAAUUCUGAGGGCGGAGGCAGAACGGAUUCGACAAUACAGCGAACACAGGCACUCCUACCCUGGUCCCCACCAUAUAGAGGAGUCGAUAGAGGUGUCGGGGAGCCGGAAGUCAUCCAUUCUGGAGCCGCUGACGCGCUCCAGACCACGGGAGCUGUCCUAUUCACAGCUCUCACCGCAGUACCACAACCUGAGUGGCUACUCCAGUCCUGAGUACAGCUGUAGGCCUUCUCUUAGCCUGUGGGAACGUUUUAAACUCCACCGCAAACGCCAUAGGGAUGAGGAAGAGUACAUUGCAGCAGGUCAUGCAUUAAGGAGGAAAGUACAGUUUGCCAAAGAUGAGGACCUACAUGACAUUCUGGACUACUGGAAAGGAGUCUCUGCUCAGCAGAAAUCAUGAUUGCCAUUUUUAUAGCUCGUUCGAUUAAAGAA